AAUUAACGCUGAGUCGAACAUAUAUGUCUAGUAGACACCUAUGAAGUAAAAUAAAUUUCAUCAACUAAUGCAUUUCACUUCCACAGUAGGUGGUAAAUAUACUUGAAGCAACAGAUAUGCAUCCAAAUUUCAUUUUUGGUUUUUUCUAUUUUCAACUUAUAUGUACUACAUUAGCAGGCAGUCCCAAAUUACCCUCAUACUUGAAAAUAUGCCAUCGUUCAGAUCCGAAUAUCGAAAAAUGUUUGAAGAAUUCUGUGGAGGAACUAAAACCCCUAUUGGCCAAGGGCAUUAAAGAGCUCAAUAUACCUAGUUGUGAGCCCCUUCUUAUACCAGAAGUCAAUAUAGACCAGGGGUCUGGACCAGUAGCACUAAAAUCAGCUUACAAAGACAUAAAAGUGUAUGGACCCUCCAAAUUCGUUAUAAAACAAAUAAAAGUUGAUUUUGAGAAAGACAAAAUGAGACUGAAAAUAUGGUUGCCCCAUUUGGAAGUUAUAUGCAGAUACGUGAUGGAUGGAAAAAUACUAAUGAUGCCUAUUACUGGCAGUGGCUUGAGCAAAGCCAAUUAUUCUAACAUUGAUGCCACAAUAACAAUAAGAGCAGAAAAGAUCAAUAGAGAUAAUGAUAAGUAUUACAAUGUCACCGAUUUUUAUGUUCAAUUCGAAAUUGGGGAGGCCAAUAUUAAUUUCGAUAAUCUUUUCAAUGGCGAUAAGGAAUUAGGUGAAGCAAUGAACCUGUUUUUGAAUGAUAACUGGAAACAAGUUGCCGGAGAAAUCAAACCCGUGCUCGAAGAUAGCAUUGCCAGUAUUUUCAAAAAAUUCUCUAACAGGAUUUUCCAUAAAUAUCCCAUAAAUGUUUUAUUACCAAAGUAGUAUUACUGGUACUCGCUUAUAUGAAUAAUUUCCAUCAUUUUGAUACAUUUUUCAAUAAAACUGUUUAAGAAAUAAUUAUUUUUCUUAUCAU